GGCUUUCUGGGCUGUUCUCCUUUACAACCUACCACCACUAUCUCUCUGGAAUGUCUAGAGCUCUACCAUCAAAUCUGCCGCCGCAAAUCUUCAUUUAGCGUGCAAGCCAUGGUAAAAGUUCUUUGCGCUCUUCUCAAUCGUACUUACUUUCAAUCGUUUCGAGAUCAAUUUGCCAUUGCAUUUGAUGCUUAUCUGUGUAUAUUGUGUCAUGUCCAGAGUCUCGUCGAUCAGGCGCUCGGACGUGAUAGACCCAACUGGAGGAUGAUCAAUGCUUGUCCGCCCUGCAAUUAUAGGCAAGCUAAUGAAGAACCGCUCGACCCGGCUCGACUCGACAGCAUGGAUGGCAAUACUUCGCUGAAGCGUGUUGAUGGAUCUGGCCACGCAGAUGAACGAGUUUUUCCAUCAACUUACUUGAUCCCUCCUUCGGAAGUUGAGUUGUUUAAGGACGAUGUUCGGCUGCGCCCAGGCACUCGCAUCGCCACUGAUGGGUCUCCCACUGCUGCUAGUGACGACUCUGCAUGCACGGAGAAUUGGAAGACGGCCAAUACCGUAACUGAGAACACCAUCACUGUCUUCGAUCAGACAGGAAUUUUCGUCAGCGCCUGUCGUCAUGGCAUUGUACAGACAUUGGUGGAGAUGCGUAAGAGCGGCGAACUUGCAAAAUAUGCGCUAGCCACCACAAACAAGGUUAUUGAUGUCUAUGGUCCAAAUGGUGCCACGGGCUAUGAUAUUGGGUGUUCAUACGGCAAAACUGUUGCCGCCAGUUCGAUCUCAUUGAAGGCCAGUACUAAUCACCAUCGCUUCUUAGUCAAUUCAUUCCAUGGUCACGCUCACAAUCGACAAUGUCAACUACAAUUUCAUCCGCUCUAUCAGAAUGGUCUCGGCAUCGAAGACUUGGAAACUUGCGAACGAGUCUUCUCCGCUUCUAACGCCGUAGCGCCCGUCAUACGUCACGCAUCAUACUUUCAUUGGUUACAGUUCAUCGAGCUUCAUUUUGACCAAUGGGACUCGGAUAAGUACUUGGAACUUAGUAGGUUUUUGCUUGAGUCAAGAUUUGUUGCGCCAAUAACUUUUUUAUAG